CUCAAAUUGUCAAUCUAAUUGGACCAACCCACAAAUAUCGGGCUGAAUUGACAUCCGUAAUCACAAUUGACUUGAGGCCAUUUUUUUUAUAUAAGCUCAACUCUUCGUUCACAAUAUCGUUUCCACUUUUGUUAUUUUAGUUUGUCUAUGAUAUCUUUUCCACUUUCAUUUAUAACAAUAGGACCCACAAACUCCACUCACAAUAAUAGUGGGACCCAACCUCCACUCGCAAUAAUACUCACUACUAUCCAUCAUUUUUCUUAAAAUCCGUCUCGUCUACAAAGUGAAAACGAUAUUGUGGAUGGAGGGAGUAAUUUACUAUGAAGAAUCUUUUUGUUUGUAUUCUUUUGUCAAGACAUACUUUAAUACUUAUAUAUUAUUUUGAUAGUGGUUAUCUUAACAAAGCUGUCCUGUCUAUUGUGUAUGUGUGUGUUAAUAUGCACAUACGCAAUCUGUGUAAAAUUAUGCAGGCCUCUGAAAGGAGAAACAGGAAAGGGCCAUUACUAUAAAGUUUGAAAGAAUGAGUGGUGAAAAACUUUAUGAUGCUAUAUUGAAAGGGGAUGUAACAAGAUUUCGAGAAGUGGUUCAACAAGAUCCAUAUCUUAUUGAAAGUGCUUCAUUUGCAUGUUCAAGAAAUGCUCUACACAUAGCAACACUGCGGGGGCAAGUAGCCAUGGUUGAAGAGGUGUUGAACAUCAACCCGCAGCUAGCUCGAGAUUUGGACUCCCAACAAUCAUCACCUCUUCACAUCGCAGCUGCGGAAGGGAGCCUUGAGAUGGUGAAAAAGUUGUUGUCAGUAACCCCAGAGGCGUGCUGGUGGCGAGACUGUCAUGAUAUGAACCCCAUUCAUAUCGCAGCCAUGAAUGGACAUGAAGAGGUGUUGAAGGAGCUGCUUCAACUGAAUUUGCUUGCUGCGAUGGAGAGACUGCAUCGCGGCCAGACUGUGUUGCACUUGUGCGUGAAACAUCGUCAGCUUAACACAUUGAAGGUUUUGGUGGACAAGUUUGAUGAAUUUCUGGGUGCAAAGGAUGAUGAUGGGGAGACAAUAUUGCAUUUGGCUGCUAGGUCCAAUCACCAAGAGAUUACAGAAUACCUGGUGGAAAGCGAUAAAAUAAGGGAGUUUAUAACAAUGGAUCGGUUGAGCAAAAGAUCUCUGAGUAUGUCCUCUAAGCUGAGAUCUGGAGACAGAAGAUCAUUAGAAAAUAUAAAACUCUUACAAAUUUUGUCUACCGGUAAGACAAUGAUCGAAAAAGUGGCCAAGUGGAACGACGUGGCAAUGGUGGUGGCGGUGCUGAUAGCAACGAUGGCGUUCCAGGCGGCGGUCAGCCCUCCCGGCGGCGUGUGGCAGGAAGACACGCCAUCACACAGUGCCGGCAAAGCAGUGAUGGCAUCUGCUCAUCCCAAGAUAUACAAACACUUCAUUCGUGCUAACGCCACAGCUUUCAUUUCAUCCCUCUUCACAAUCUUCCUCAUCACCAUGAACAGCGCAUUGCCAUCGAUUAACUUAUUCUUCGUGAGUAUCGCCGGGUGUGCAAUGUGGGUGUCUUUGGCAGCCAUUGGAGUGAGCUAUGGAGCUUCCUUGAUGAUGACUAAUUUCAUGGAAACACUGUCAAUUGACCAUGUUGUUGCCAUAGUAGUCUCUGUGUUCCUCACCGUCUACCUAUCAGCAUUCCUCUACGCUUUUAUAGAGACCAUGAGCAAAAAGACUUUACCAUUUUCAUUGACGAGAGACAGAGGGAGGGAAUUUUAGGGUUCAAGGAAGGAAACAACGAUGACGGUGGUGUCAGCAUUAGAAACAAACAUGGGAUUGGAAUAAGUGGAUCAGAGCCGUCCAUGAGUGAGAAGAGUGUUAGGCUUUUUUAUUUCUUUAAGCGUGUUUAGUUUUUGUUAUACUCCAUCCGUCGCCCAUUAUUUAUCACACAUACAUUUCAGCACGGAGAUUAAGGAAAGUAAAAUUGUAGUAUAAAAGUGUGUAAAUAUAUGUAGGCUCAUGUGAUUUGUAGUGUAAAAAUGUGCAAAUGUAUGUCAGCCCAUGUAAUUUGUAGUGUAAAGUGUGUAAAGAUAUGUGGACUCAUGUGAUUUGUAGUAUAAAAUUAUUACCAAAUAUAGAAAUAGGUCAUUUAACUU